AUGGAUUUACAAGUCAUCGGUGUCGCAGGUGCAGCCUUAGGAGGUGCUUCGCAUUUGGGAUACUUCAUCGACGGAGAGCAUCACAAAAACGCACCUCACUACGUUACCGCAGCUUUGACUGUCCCAGCCUUUAUUUUCCUCGGUUUCGUUCGAACCUUAGGUCAAAAUGCCUUUGUUGAAGCAGCAAGAGCCACGUCAGUGGCGGUCAUCUCAUACGCCGGUGCUCUAUGUUUGAGCAUGGCCAUCUACCGAACCUUCUUCCACCGCCUUAGAAACUUCCCUGGUCCGUUAGCCUUGAAGGUCACAAAGUUCGCUCACCUCUAUAAUAUCAUGAAGGCGGAGCAUGCGCCAAGGGAUUUCGAAUUUCGUGAUAAGCUUCAUAGCGAGUUUGGCGAGUUUGUCAGGUACUGUUUUCUCUCCUGGUUUAUACGUGUGUGACGUCCAAUAUCUAACACAAGAUACUAGAAUUGGUCCUAAUGAGUUAUCGAUCUCCGCACCCGAGGCUCUCGUGAAGAUUCUAGGACCUGGAUCAAAAUGUACAAAGGGAGAGUACUACGAUGAUAUCGCAGUUGGCUCAAAUUCUCUCCAUUACGAGAGAAGCAAAGAGCUUCAUGGUAUUAGAAGAAAGGUGUGGGAUCGUGCAUUUAGCGCAAAAUGUACGUACCCCCAUAGAUGGCGCCAGACCUUGAAUCGUAACCUUUUUUUAGCUUUACGCGGAUAUGAAGGAAGAAUGCUCAAAUAUGCCGAUCAACUUAUUGAACAAUUUCGAUCACAUAAAGGCAAGGCUAUCAAUGCCGCUGAUUGGUUCGCCUUCUACUCCUUCGAUAUUAUGGGUGAUAUGGCGUUUGGUGCUCCCUAUGAUAUGCUUCUAGACGGGAAACCGGUAUGCAAUUCUAACGUUGUCUGAGAAGCGCUUGGCAGAGUCACUAACCUUUGUUAGAAUCCGAUGGCUACUAUUGUGCAACAAGGCUCAGUGAUUUUAGGGGUGAGACCUUUCACCUAUAUCGCCCAUUUGAAUUCAACUCUACUAACACUGAGAAUAGCCGAGUGGCCCAAUCCCCUGGAUACUGCCAAUUCUAAACAGCAUCCCGGGAGCAGCAAAAAGUAUCAAAGUAUGGGCCAGGUCCAAUAUCGCAAAGGUUGCGUUGAGAAGAACGGCAUGUAACCAAGAUCAAAGAGAAGCGAAUUGAAUCUAAUCCGUUGUAGUACGAGCCCGAGUCUCCAGAUUUGUUCACCUACCUACUCGAAGCGGAAAAGAUUGGCAGCCACCCUAUCCAUAAAGAUCCAAAGUUAGCUCUUGCACCGGAUCCAUUCAUUUUGAGGGGUACUAACAAGUUCUCAGAUGGUUGGUUGGGGAUUCUACACUCGUCAUCGGAGCCGGUACUGAUACCACAACAAUAACCUUUUCCUAUUUGUUCUAUUAUCUCGCCCGUUACCCAGAAGUCCAAGAGAAACUUUUCCAGGAGCUCAAGCAAUACUAUCACCCCGGAACCGAUGCAGAAUUCAGAGACCUUGCCAAUGCUCCAUAUCUGAAUGGAGUUAUCAUGGAAGUUCUCCGACUCAAUCCUCCUGUCCCAGGUGGAAUAUUACGCAAGACUCCAUCUGAAGGAAUCACCGUCGGAGAUACGUUCAUCCCCGGUGGGGUCACUGUUUCCGCGUGUUUAUGGACUAUUAGCAGAUGUAAGUUUAGCCUUCCAUUACACUUGAUUCCGAAUCUAGGGACUAAUGAAGAUAGUGGAAUCAUGCUACGAAAAACCCCUUGAAUUUGUGCCCGAACGAUGGGGCGAGAAACCCGAAAUGGUGCUGAAUAAAAAUGCCUUCGCAGCAUUCUCCUUAGGUUUGACUUCCUUUUCUUAAACAUACUCGACUCCACUAACACUAUCUCUCUAGGUCCUAUGGCCUGCGUAGGGAGACAAUUCGCAAUGAUGGAACUCCGAAAUUUAACAUCACGAAUUAUCUCGGAAUUCAGCGUCCAGUUUGCGCCCGGUGAGGAUGGAUCUGCAAUCAUGAACGAGUGGCACGAAAGUUUCACCAUGCAUGUUGAAAGUUUGAUGCUGCAAUUCAAGAGAAGAGAUGAGAACUUUUAA